AUGGCACUAGUUCCAAGUCAUUGCCCAUCGUGCGGAAAGCAAUUCAAGGACCAUACCUCCGUCGCUCGUCAUAUGAGCCAACCUCGUUCUGGGUGUAAUAGCUGGCUAGACGACUUAAUCCAACUCAACUCCAUCUUGCCAUCUAGUACGGAACAUGAUCCCAUGGUGGUGGACGACAUCAAUGACCCUCAAGUAGAUGCGAGUUCCUAUGAUUUUUGGAGUCAAGGAGAGGAUUUGGACUCUGAAGGUGGAACUCGGGAUGAGGACAGUGAGGUCAAAGCAACCGACUACUUUCCGGAGCCCCCGCUGGCUUUCGAAGAGGGUUACACAUUUUUAAGCUUAUUCGAUGCUGACGAAAACAGUAUAUAUCGCAAAACAAAUCUCUACUAUCCAUUCAGUGGUAGGAGGGAAUGGCGACUUGCCGCGUGGCUUCUGCGUUCGGGCUUAAGCAUGGAGAAAAUAAAUUCCUUUCUAGCGCUAGAGAUGAUCGAUGACCUACCUUUAUCCUUCCAUUCAGCAAAAGAGCUACGUGGUCGAGCUGAAUCGCUGCCUAGCAGUCCGCGUUGGAAGUCCCAGGUCAUUCAAAUGUUGCAUCCCACAAAGUCUCCGGCUGUUCUUUACUGGCGGGAUCCUCUUGAAUGUAUCGCUACGAUAUUCAACCAUCCUUUAUUUCGCAAUUGUCUCGACUACACAUCUCGCAAGGAGUAUAGCACAACGCAGAGGCACUCUCGGAUAUAUACCGAAUGGAUGAUGGGUGAUCAUGCCUGGGAGAUGCAGUCAGCGCUUCCCCAUGGUGCAACUCUCCUCGGAACUAUUCUAUCGUUGGACAAGACAUGCAUUACUGCAUUGUCAGGCGAUCGUGUCGCGCACCCUCUCCUCAUCAGCCUCGCCAACAUCUACAUGACCACGCGGCUCAAAUCAUCCUCCAACGCUUUCCUUCUCACUGCCCUACUACCGGUCACAAAAUUUGUUCACAAAAACAAACGAAUGAGAGGCGUGUUGCAGGAUCGGCUCGUUCACAAUUGCUUGAACAUCGUACUCGAACCGUUGAAGCUCGCUGCUCGAAAUGGCGUGAUGAUGUCAGAUCCUAUGGGUCGCAGUCGUUACUGCUUUACUAUGCUUGCUAGCUAUAUUGCUGACACCCCCGAGGCAAUGAUGCUGGCAUGCGUUGGUGGAAAGACAUCUCCAGUGACGAUAGCAAUGUACAAACAAUUCGGGGAUCCCUUCCAGCACGAACCCCGGACUCGAGCAAAAACUCUUGAGCAAUUGAAAAUCGUGCGCUCACGCGCUUGUCCAGAUGAUCUCGAAGCAUUUUUCCGUGAGGCGCAGAAGUUUCGCCUAAAUGGCAUGGAUGAACCAUUUUGGUGGGACUGGUUACUAGCAGAACCGUCCCGGUUUUUUACACCCGAAUCGCUUCACCACAUUCACAAGGAGUUUUGGGACCAUGAUGCGCAAUGGAUUAUCCUUGCAGUGGGAAAGUCUGAAAUAGAUUUUCGUUUUUCAAUCAUUCAGCCCACUACUGGUUAUCGGCACUUUCAUACAGGUAUCUCAAAACUUAAGCAGCGGUCAAUUAUCGCGGUCAGCACGGAUGCAGCACCUCCCGGUGUUGUUGUUGCUGUACACGCACUCAUGCACUUUCGAUAUCUUGUGCAGUCGCCGUCUAUUGAUGAUAGGGAUCUUACUCGUAUCACAGCCGCACUGGACGAGUUCCAUGUGAACAAGCACGCGAUCAUUGCUGCUGGUGUCCGCCAGGGCAAAGGUGGUAAAGUUAUCGACAACUGGCAUAUUCCAAAACUCGAACUUAUGCAGAGUAUUGUCCCUAGUAUCCGCAACUCCGGCAUCAUUGCACAGUGGUCUGCAGAUGUCACUGAACAUGCGCACAUCACCGAGGUCAAAGACCCUGCAAGGUCCAGCAACAACAACAAUUAUGACCCACAAAUCUGUCGUUACCUUGAUCGCGCUGAUAAAUGCAAUCGAUUUGACCUCGCCACAAGCCUGUUAGAUCACUCGGAGGACACGGGAGUUGUUGGGGAGGAAUUUGUCGAGGAGGAUGACGAAAUCGAUUAUUACAUGGAUGUCAUUCCCACAGAGCUACCAUCCCCAACUCGAAGACCUGGACAGCCUCGUCCUAUCACGGAUUACUUUUCAAUCGCCAAAAUACUCCAACAGAAGGAAGUUGGAUCGGUACCUGUCCCACUUCGUUCUUUUGUCGUCGGACGCACUGCUCUUCAUCUCGCUUACGAUCCAUCCAUCAAGAACACCACUGUCGAUGAAGUUGCGAUCAUGUUCGGCCUUCCUGACUUGCGACCUGCUAUUGCUGAUUUUCUUUACCGUGAAGCGACCUACGGUAGUCACAUUCACUCGAUAGGUGGUCCUAGAAGGGCUGCGCAUGACGCCGAGCUCCCGUUUGACAAAGUUCAAGUGUGGUUUAAAGUUCGUUUGCAGGAGACUGAGUUUCACGAUCCUCAUAUCAUUCGACCCGCUCAAACACUUAAUUGCGCACCGCCUAGUGACCCUUGGACAUUAGGUCAUUAUGAUACAGUUAUCAUUCAGACCAGCUCAGGGCACUCCUGGCCUGCCAGCGGCCUUUCAGGGCACUCCAUUGCGCAAAUUAGGCUCGUCAUUCGCCCUGUUGGCAAAAGCAAGACACGAUGGGCAUGGGACAAUCAGUACUUAACUUACGUCCAACAUUUUGAUAUUUCCAGUGAACGCAAUCCGACCACUCAAUUGCACACAGUGAAAAGAGCAAAACGCUCUAAUGGUACACGGAUGGGUGACAUCAUUCCAGUCUCUCAGUUUAAAGCGCCUGUCCAUCUCAUUCCUCGUUUUGGUACUACUGCAGACAUGCGUCUCACGGCGUACAAUAGCAUGGAACACGCCACGGAGUUUUGGCUGAAUUAUUUUUGGGACAAACAUACCUUUUUUGCACUAUCCGAGUAG